GUCCGACAGGAUCCUGUAGGAACCAUGGUUAAUCCGAUGAAAUCCGACAAUCGGAUCCUAUCGGGUAUCGAUAGCCGGAAUACGACGUCAUCCUUUGAUUUCCGCCACUUUCCGACAGUAGGAUUCCGACAGCAGGAUCCGCCUUCUUCCGGCGGUAGGAACCCGUCGGAUUUGACAAGAACCGAUAACUUUAUUGAACAAUAUUUCUAAGAAAUAAUAUUCUAAAAAGUUCAAAGUUUAGUAUUGAUUCAACAUCUUUGAUUGCUUGUCCUUCAAGAUCGAAAUAAACAUUCAAAAAUAAAAAAAAAUUAAUUAUUCAUUUAAAUAACAACAUCGACUCAGCUUAUAUUAAUUUACGAGAAUAAUAUUUUUGCAAUUUGUGUACAAAUUGAAUAUCACAUUAGAUUUAACAUACACAAUAAAAUCAAAAUUGAUCUAAACCUGUCAAUGCAUACAAGCAUUAAAUAGAUCCUAUGGCAUUCGAUGGUGCGACAUUUGUCGAUACGCUAUUUUAUUAGUGAAGCAAGAGAACAAUGUUUACAAUGAAGAUAACAUGAACGUGUAUUAUACAAUUGAAUAGGGGUUUGCUUGGGAGAUACGUACGUACUUAUAAAUAAAUUUCGUAUACGAUUGAGCUGUGGUAUGCCCGGACAUACUUUACAAACGAAUAUUUUAUUAAUUCAAUUGGGUUAUUAUUCAUGA